CCAGCGGGGGGCCGAGUUUAUGAGAGUGACUCUUCCAAUCACUGCAUGCUUUCCCCUUCUUCCAGCGGGCACUUGGCUGACUCUGAUACAUUGUCUUCCACAGAAGAGAAUGAGCCCUGUCAAGCUGAAGCUGCUACAGAGGGAGACUCUUCUGGGGCACCCGGGGCUGCAGUUGGAAGGAAAUCCAGGCGGUCCAGGUCCGAAAGCGAGACUUCAGCAAUGGCUGCCAAGAAAAAUCGACAGUCUAGUGAUAAGCAGAAUGGCCGAGUUGCCAAGGUAAAAGGUCAUCGAAGCCAAAAGCACAAAGAAAGAAUCCGUCUGUUGAGGCAGAAACGGGAGGCCGCUGCUCGCAAGAAGUACAACCUGCUGCAGGACAGCAGUACCAGCGAUAGCGACCUGACAUGUGACUCGAGCACGAGUUCAUCAGAUGAUGAUGAAGAGGUUUCAGGGAGCAGCAAGACAAUCACUGCAGAGAUACCAGGUAGAGGAUGUUUUUUAAACUGAACUGUAGCGCAUCUGACAUCGUUUCUCAGCUGUCAUGCUAAAUUAGAUGAGUGACACUUGAGAAAAACCAGAACUGCAGCUCUGUGUAAAUUUGAAGACUGCAGUAUAUUAACAAGACAUGGCAAAUUUUAAAAUCUGUUCAGAGGUCUCAGUGCACUUUUGCACACCAACAAAACAUAGAAAUGAUAAAUUGGUGGAAAAGACUACCUUUGAAGUUUGGAAUU